CAGCCAUUGAGUGAACCCAUCAUUGAAUGAUUGCGUGAAUCAUCAAAACAACAGACAAUUGAAUGUCAGAUGAAGUGAUUGUCUGAUGAAGUGAUUGUCUGCGAGAGGGAAGUGAUGUCUCACUGUCUUUAACCACUCAAUGGAUUGCAACCCAAAUGGCAAACAAACCUCGUGUUCGUCCCCUUCCUCACCACUCAAUGCCAACCGAAACCAUAACCCAAAUAACGUGCAGUUAAUGGAUCAGAUGAACGCAUCGGACGAUAACUCCAUGUCUGCCAUCGACUCGACCACCAAUUCCUCGCAAUUCUUCGACAAUGAAGUCAUUAAUUCAUCGACACCACCAGUAAAUCAAGUGACAAACCAAUCGCCGAAUCGCGAGUCCAAUAGCUAUCGGCGCGAUAUAGAGAUGCCAUUCAACGCACCGACCACUUCGAUGCCCAUCAGCUCGUCGUCCAACUCGGUGUCGGCCCUCAACUUCAGUCAAUCGCCGAAUCAGGUGCUCUUCAACUGGCAGGCGAGCAAAGGGUCCAUCAAAGACCGUAUGGCCGCCAUCUUCAACCGCGAAGUCUUGGCUGACGUGCACUUCCUGGUGGGUAAAGGGGGGCAACAGUUGCGAACCCCGGCCCAUAAGUUCGUGCUGUCCAUCGGGAGCGCCGUCUUUGACGCCAUGUUCAACGGCGCGAUGGCCACCAAGAAUGACGAAAUCGAUUUACCAGACGUAGAGCCGGCCGCCUUUCUCGCGCUUCUCCGCUUCCUAUACACCGAUGAGGUGCAGAUCGGACCCGAGACUGUCAUGACUACGCUAUACACGGCUAAGAAGUAUGCGGUGCCGGCGCUGGAAAAGGCUUGCGUCGACUUUCUUAAGUCAAACCUCUCCUCAGAUAACGCUUUCAUGCUUUUGACUCAAGCGCGACUCUUCGAUGAGACCCAAUUGGCGGCCAUGUGUUUGGACACAAUUGAUAAGCACACCGUCGAGGCAUUGGCUGCCGAGGGUUUUUUAGACAUCGAUUUUGAUACGUUGACAACAGUCCUCGAGAGAGAUACUCUUAGGAUAAGAGAAGUGGUAUUAUUCAACGCAGUGGUCCGAUGGGCUGAACAGGAAUGUCAGCGAAAGACUAUGGCCGACAACCCGGACAAUCAGCGCAAGAUGUUGUCGCGCGCGCUCUAUUUGAUCCGAUUUCCGCUGAUGACUGUCGAGGAGUUCGCUGUAGACGUGGCGCAGUCCGGGAUUCUCACCGAUCGGGAAGUUGUGAGUCAAACGAGUGCUUGGAUUCAUUGGAUUCACGUUUCUCUAUUCCUAUACUUCACGGUCAACCCGAAGCCAACGGUUCCCUUCCCAGACGUCCCCCGAUGUUGUAUUACAGGCAAAGAGCAAGUGGUCUCUCGAUUCCAAAGAACCGAAAGUCGUUGGGGUUAUAGCGGGACCAGUGAUAGGAUCCGGUUUACGGUCGACCGGAGGAUAUUUGUGAUUGGCUUCGGUCUCUACGGCUCAAUCCACGGGCCCUCCGACUACGACGUGACCAUUCAGAUCAUACACACCGGCUCUGGAAAACUGUUGGCCUCUAAUGACACGACAUUCAGUUGCGACGGAACGCCCAAUACAUUCAGAGUUAUGUUCAAAACUCCCGUUGAAAUCAAUCCCAACACUAACUACACGGCCUGCGCUACCCUUAAGGGCUCGGACUCCCACUACGGCACUAAUGGCAGCCGUAAAGUGGUGUUUGAUUUGUCGCCAAGACACCCCUUUCACUAG